ACAAUAACAGAACGGCCUAUGACGCGGGAUCCGCUCUCUGCUCUCUUCCUCCUCCAGCCUGCUCUCUUCCUCUCCAUCAAUCCCUCUCAGUAGACACCUACCUAGUCUAGCUUUUCUGCUUGCUUGCUGUCUGCGUCGACCGUUGUAUCGCGCGUGUCCACCUGGCCCAUCUGAUAACGCGAGUACACCUCAUUUGCAGCAGGACCUUUUUUUAGAUCCCCACCUCGCUACUCUCUCAUCUCGACCCCUCCUCCCGUUCAUCCCUAUCCUGCUGUGCGUCCAUAUCCGAUAAUGAAGGACAAGGACGACUACGGAUUCUCCCCGGCAUCACCCGCCUCGAGGUCUUUCUACCGCUUGCGCAGGUUCACAACCCGUCUAAGGCAGACCGUCGCCCGUCGCCGCGUCAUUGUCAUGCUCCUGGCGUUCCUGAUCCUCUACCACUUUGUUUCAGACACGGGACUUCCACUGCUGCCCAAAUUCAGAUGGGGCUCGAGCAGAUUCGUCAUCAUCCUCGCAGUGAAUCAAGGUGGCGGUGUCCGGCAAUGGAAGGGCGCAAAGGAGUGGGCUGUCGAGCGGACAAGUAUUGCAAACAAAAAGGCGUACGCUGAUCGCCAUGGCUACGAUCUCGCGAUUCAGGAUAUGUCGAUAAAGAAGCGGUAUGCGCACGAAUGGCGAGAAUCGUGGGAGAAAGUCGACGUCAUCCGCUCAACAAUGAAGCAAUACCCAAAAGCUGAAUGGUUCUGGUGGCUCGACCUGCACACCUACAUCAUGGAACCCGAUAUCUCUCUCGAACGUCAUGUUUUCAACAAAAUUGAAAACAACACCUACCGAAACUUGUCGGUCUAUAAUCCCUUGAACCUGCCCGUCAGCCUUCCUCACGUUGAGAAUCACCAUGACAUCAAUCUUGUCGUGCCGCAAGAUUGUGGUGGGUUCAACCUUGGCAGUUUCUUCGUUCGGAGAAGCGAAUGGACUGAUUUCCUGCUUGAUAUAUGGUGGGAUCCCGUCUUUUACGAGCAACGUCACAUGCAGUGGGAGCACAAAGAGCAAGAUGCCUUGGAACACAUGUACUCCAACCAAGCAUGGAUAAGGAGUGGCGUCUCCUUCAUCCCCCAACGCCUAAUCAACUCCUUCCCACCCGGCGCGUGCGCAGAGCAAGCUGGCGACCCCCGCAUUUUCUACGACGAAAAAGACCGCGACUUUGUCGUCAACAUGGCCGGCUGCGAAUGGGGACGUGACUGCUUUGCUGAGAUGGAGCAUUUCCAGAAACUCUCUGCCUCGCUGCAGACUAAAAGCCGAAAGUGGUUACCGUGGUAGGCGCGUUCAGAACACAUAUUUUGAUUUCUUGAAAUGGUCUGCAACGGAAGCAAAACUAUAGACUACAUAUUAUAGACACGACCGCGAGCUGUACUAUUUCUCUUUGGUCAAAUCACGCUUUUAUAUUUUUUGCCGUUCUUCAUUUUGCUUACUUGCUUUAUUUUUAUAUCUCUUUUCCUCCAUUUCAUUUCCGUUUUUUUGUGUGUGUUUUUCUGUGCUUGAGUUAUGCGGGAUCAUUACAUUGGGAAAAAUCAGUGGUUUGAUUUUGUACAGAUUUGCGAAAUUUUGUGUACAGUAUUAUAUAUUAUGUUAAUAAACACUCGAUAAACCAAAC